GAGCGAGGCGAACACGGUCCAAGUGGAGUUAUGGGUCCAAUGGGACCACAAGGACCAAUGGGACCAAUGGGUCCAAUGGGUAUACAAGGACCAAUGGGACCAAUGGGUCCAGCUGGCCCAGCCGGUCCGGCCGGCCCACCGGGUCCUCAAGGCCCUGCAGGACCAGCUGGUACUGGCGGCGCUCCAGGUUGUCCAGCACCUCCACCUGGCGCUACUCCAGGAUGUGUUCAAGUAUUUCAAACCUCAAUUGAGUUGUUCUCAACAGCUGGUGGAACGUCACUUGGUUCACUCAGCUUCAGUAUAUCUAGUCAGCAACUUUUCAUUCGUGUCAAUGGUGGUUGGAAGGAAAUUCGAUUGGAAGGAUUUCAUCCAACCAUGGAGCAACGACCUUCACUGGUAAGUUAUCAUUCACAUAGUAUUUACAUUUCCAACUGA